GAGUUAUACAUUUUAUAUAAGUUCAUUUAUUCUCAACCUCCAGCCUUAUUAUUUUUUGUCAUAUAUUAUGUAAAAUAAUUCUGUAAAAUGAACGCAAAAUUUAUUUUGGGAAUCUGAUGUUCAGCUCCACUGAUUAUGGACUCCUGGCUCCUGGAUGUUGACCUUGAAAACUGUAGGCACAAGUCAAAGUUUGAUGGAAAGCUAGCUUUGUGGAAUAAAACAGGAGUAAACUAAAGAACUCUGCAUGCUUGAUCAUAAAGCUGAAUCCAUUAGGCUUAGCUGCAGACUGGAAGGGAAAAACCCGGCAUUUGUGUGUUGGGGAGGGAGGAAGUCAUGGAGGUUUUUAGACAUUAGAAUAUUAACUGUGAAGGAUUCUUUCCACACACACUUAUCCGUUUCAGGCAUAUUUGUGUGCUUAUUAUCUGCUAGACUCUUGGGAGGUAUUGGUGAAUAAGCAAGGUACAGAACUUGCCCUCCAGAGCUUGUAGCCUACUGGAGGAGUCAGACAAACAGGUAACAAAUGCAUACAUUCAAUGAUGGGAAAUUGAAGUGACUGCCAAGAAAAGAGGACAGAGGAGGAGAACAUCCGAGGGACUCACCUGAGGAAAAUCCUCCCCAAAGAGAUGGAUUUAGUUUCAUGAAGCAUGAGAAUUAAACAUGCAAAGAAGGAGAGUGAGAGAGAGUUGUCCUGACUGAGGGACAAGAGCUGAUGGUACAGAGCUUGUGGCAGAAGAAAACUGGCAGGUGGACCGGGUGGACCAUGUGGCUGGAGCACAGCAAGGGAGGAGGACAAAGAUGAGGUUAAAGAGGGAUGCCAGGAGACUAGACGGUGCACAUCUCAAUCCUAAAAAAAAAAGAAAGAUGGAAAGAUGCUCUUUAGAAACACAGGUAAUUAUGUAUUCAGCACUUUUUCUGAAUCUGAAAAUAUUUUUGUCUCACUAGUUUAUGUGCCGUGAUAAAAUAAGAGGAGACUAUUCAAAUCCCUUCAAAAGUCAAGCUUUUACACUAAGACAGGUAAAUGAAGAAAAUGACCCUUUUCCCAAAAUCUACACCCUACAAGUUAAGUGUACUUACCUGUCAGGGUCUAUUUAAAGAAUAAUUUUCCAACAAAAGAUUGCUUUACUGUAAGAAGCAUCAGUGCAAGAAAUUUCCUUUAAUAUUUCUUUGUCACUUUCUUUGAAAGUCUUUCUUAAGUUUAAAAAAAAAACAACAACAACAAACUCCCCGACCCUGAAAGCAGCAGCCAUGUAAAGUGAAUACAUGUGAACACAUGUGUAUGGCACGCUCACGCACUUUCCUUGCAGAUCUCCGGGAACAAGCCGAGACAACAUGGGAAAUGCAUUAAAAUGCUCGUCACCUAGUGGAUUCCGGGCAAAGAGCAGUCUUUAAGACCCAGCAGCGCAGUAUUUGUCUGGAGAGGAAAUGUUGCUUUUUGACAGAUGAGAGAAAUCCCCUUAGUGCUGGCUGUGCAAGAGAGAAGUGAAGUCAGUCACCUGGUGGUGAAGGCCAGUAAAACAGCAAAGCAGGAGAAAAAUUUUUCUCUCCCUCUCUGCUUUCUCUCUCUCUGCCUCUUUUCUCUCCUCUGGAGGAGCCACCUCCUAUUCUCUCAACUCUUUUAGCAUAACCUUCAAAGGAAAACGUUCCCUUCAGACUUUAUUAUCUUCUUUUCCCCACUGAGAGAAUACGUUGGAGCUGCAAGACAUUUUUUAAGUCUAUGCAGGACUUCGGGGAUGUGGUUAUCUUGCCAGGGAAAUUGAUCAUUGCUAAUGCUUGGGACUCAGUGUGCUAAAUUAGCCAUCAGAGUAAGCCUGACGAGGAAGGCUUUCAUCAUAUACUCUUCUCUUCAGUUUGAACACAUUUGCUUGAAAUUUGCCGCAUGAUGCUGUCCAGGGAAGCAGUUUUUUUUCUUGGGAUGCAGCAAUUCGCUGGUUUCUAAAGCUUAUUGCUGAAGAAGAAAUAAUCUUAGAGUGGAUUUUCCCCCCGGGCUUGAUUCGACUGAGCUGCGUUGGACCGCGGUAAAGAUCACCUGUCACGAAAUCUUUGAGGAAGUGAAAACAAAGUGAAUUCUAAUUAUUAUUUAUUUAUUUUGAUUAUUUUUAACCGGUGGAGGCGGCGUGAUCACGGAGAAUGAGACUGAGCGAAGCUGCCAGGGCUUGGAGGAGGAGAAAGCUGAGUUUAGGCUGGAAACUAAAAGACUAGAUUGUUUUUUGGUCCAACUUGUCCGGUUCCUCUCCGCUUCCUUUAGUUUCGCUCCAUGGACAGAUCAACAAACCUGGACAUUGAGGAGCUCAAGAUGACACGAGAACAAUACAUACUAGCAACACAACAGAAUAACCUGCCAAGGGCUGAAAAUGCACAACUGUACCCAGUGGGCAUUUAUGGAUGGCGAAAGAGGUGCUUAUACUUCUUUGUCCUUCUGCUGUUGGUUACCAUGAUAGUUAACUUAGCCAUGACAAUAUGGAUAUUGAAAGUUAUGAAUUUCACUGUGGAUGGUAUGGGAAAUCUGAGAGUCACCAAGAAGGGAAUCCGACUUGAAGGUAUAUCUGAGUUUCUACUUCCAUUGUAUGUGAAAGAAAUUCAUUCCAGAAAGGAUAGUCCACUGGUCUUACAAUCUGACAGGAAUGUAACAGUGAAUGCAAGAAAUCACAUGGGGCAGUUAACUGGACAGCUGACAGUAGGAGCUGAUGCUGUGGAAGCUCAGUGUAAAAGAUUUGAAGUGAGAGCGAGUGAAGAUGGCAGGGUGCUGUUUUCUGCAGAUGAAGAUGAGAUUACCAUUGGGGCUGAAAAGCUGAAAGUUACAGGCACCGAAGGAGCAGUGUUCGGGCACUCUGUCGAAACACCUCACAUCAGAGCAGAACCUUCCCAAGACCUCAGGCUUGAAUCACCAACCAGGUCCUUGAUCAUGGAAGCUCCUCGAGGGGUCCAGGUGAGUGCUGCUGCAGGAGACUUCAAGGCCACUUGCAGGAAGGAGCUCCAUUUGCAGUCUACAGAAGGGGAGAUAUUUUUGAAUGCAGAUACAAUCCGGCUGGGAAAUCUACCGACCGCCUCCUUUUCAUCUUCUUCAUCGAGCUCCUCAAAUUCUCGACAGACAGUCUAUGAACUGUGCGUCUGUCCCAAUGGCAAACUGUACCUUUCUCCAGCAGGAGUAGGUUCCACUUGUCAGUCCAGUAGCAACAUCUGCUUAUGGAACUGAAGUGACUGAUUUCUCCUCACACCAGAAUAGCCUUUUGUUCCUGUCCGUCUGCUUCACAGUUUUGCUCGGUUUCCCUUGUGAUCAGUCCAGAGCUUCUUCAAAUGGUCCACAGAGCAACUUUUUCCAGUGUAAGCAGGGAUUCACCACCACCUUCUCGUGUGAUUUACCGUACUGUCCAACACAGAAAGUGCGAAUGACAGAACAAUGGAAAAAUCAUCUUCAGCGGGAAAACUGGAUCAUAACUUUUGCUCAAAAGGGAGAACAACAUAGGUGCCUUUGCUACAUGAAGUGAAGCACACAGUUUUAGAUUUUUGCAGGACCUGGAUAUGAACUGCAUAUGCAUACAUGACAUGGAUGAAAUUCCCAGUAUCCAAUGGCAAGAUGAAAUGGUUAACCCUGUGAGAAAACUAAUUCUACAGUCUGAAAGCACAAUUUUCCAUUCAUCUUUUUGGAUGUAAACUUUUAUCCCUGAAUUUUAAAAUUUUAAAGCAUUAUGUAAUGCUUGCUUUACUAAAAGUUAAAUUCAAUACAUAGUUUUUAACAAAACACAACUAAACAAUACAGAAUCCCACCCUGAGUUUUAUUUGUUUCUUUAAAUUCGAUGUGUUGUUACUCUUUGUCUAUUACGUCUAGAAUUUUGUACAUUAGGUAAUUUUGAAAGCACUCAGCAAUAUAAUCUUUACAGAAUUAACAAAACGCCAUUAUACUGUCAUUUGUCAGAUCUGAAUGGCCUUAUAUAGUAUUUACUUGGCUAUUGCAUGUGAUGUAUUUGCUUUUAACAAAACAUCUAAUUUAUUGCAAUAUAAGGUAGGAUUAAGAGGGACAUACUGAUGGUGUGGAAUCCGUAGCUCUUUUUUUUUUUUUAAUUUACGUGUUAUCCUUUACACCAGGUCCUAAUAGUACAAUUUUUGUUUGCUCCAUCCACUUUAUACUUGACUCUGACUGCUAAAAUUCAAACAUCCUCUAAAUAAAUAAACACUAAUAUGAUGCAUAAUGCUGAGAAUGGAUUCACUUUCCAUUGGAAUAUCAUCUUCAGAAUUAUAUCUAUAUUUUUUUCUUGGAGGUUAAGAUUUAAGGAUGGUAGAAAUUAAAUUAAAAAUCCAUGCUUAAAGAGUAAAAAAUACCACUGUUAACAAACAUGUUGAAAAUGUGUUUACUCCAUUAGAUUCAUAUUUUAAGGAAUUUAGUUACAUUUCCUUUCAGGUUUUAACAUCUAGUUAUUUUUAUUAGACUGUUAAGCUACCCUGACAACAGAAAUCAUAGUACCUUCUGUUCUCCAUGCUUCUUUUUGUAAAUGAGCUCGUAAUAAAUAACUCCAGUAUACUAUAGAUUCGUUUAUCCCAACACUCCUUAACUCGAAUUCUUGAAACUUACAAAAUCCAAGAAUGUAAAAUUAUAUUAAACAUUUCCUAUUAUGGGAAGAUGACUUGAUUAUUAUAAGGUAAGUCCUUAAUUUCCAUGUACCAAUCAAUCUUCUCCCCCAUGCACGCUCUUGCAGGUGUUGGGAAAUUUCAUUUUGGGAGUCCGUGACUGUAGAACCUUUGGGGUUCAGGCCUCUACAGCAUGGGGUGAAGUGGGAGAUUGGAACUUGAAGCAAUUUGGCUAGUGAAAGUAGGAAAAUUGGGUAACAUAAGCAGCAAAGUGAACCAUUUGGCCAGAAUUAUCUUGCUUGGAUAACCUAUCAUAUUGAAUUCUUGAAAAAACUCCAUUUCAUUAAACGCAUUCUGUACUCAGCAGAAAAAUCAGAAAGCUAGUACAGGCUUAUUACUUUUAAAAUAGAACUUGACUUGUGGUUGGAAGUUAUUGUAUAAAACUUUAAAUCAAUUCAGAGUAAGAAUUACGGUAUGUAUGCAAUGGCUUAAAAUUCAUACCAUAACAAAAAAGUUCAAUUUAUUUAAACUAAAACAUUAGAAUCUAAUAUGAGAAAUUCUCACAUUGGCUUUUGCAAAAUACUCACACAAAGUAUAACACAAGAGAUUUUGAAAAAUUAUGGGUGCUAAACACUGUAUUACGGACUUUUUUAGGAAAACACUAUGUAUUAAUUUGAGAUAUAUUCAAGUUCUAAAUAUCUCUAAAUUAAAACACUUAGAAAGUUUCUUAGUCAAAUGGGAACAAUUCUUUUGAUUAGUUAUUAGCCCUGCUUCUAAUCUCAGCUCUGUCUCCAAUAAUCAGUGCAUUGAUUUAGACAGUCUGGGAGUAUCUCCAGCCUUUGGUUUACUCAACUUUACCAAAAAAGUAUUGAAUCAAAUGGUCUCCAGAGAGUCCUUCCAGCUCUAACAUAUUCUCAUUCCAAGAGGUGGAAGGGGCCAUUGAAAUUUUAAAUUAUAUGUCAUAGAGGAGGGAAGGUGAAAAAAAGGAUGAGACAAAAAUGUGUAAAAACCAAUUCCAGUGAGGGGCUGUCAAAUUUUGAAUUCUAAUAUGUUCUGAAAGGUUACAGACACAACUCAAAAAAUAUAGAAGUUAAAAGAUUUACAUUAUGUCCAAAUGAUGUAAAAAAAAAUUUUUGCUACUAAAAAACAUUUAGUAGGAAAAAAUAGUGAUACAGAUGUCUUUCCUAUCCAAGACUGAAUAUUAGUUAAAAUUACUUGACUGGCUAUUUUAGAUUCCUUGGAAUCUAAGUAUAAACUCAGCCUCAGAAUUCGAGCUUCUCUUGAAGGCUUAGAAGAUUGCUCCUAAAAGUCUUUAAUUUCCUCAUAAAAGAAGGGUUGGUUCUUUCUUAAUACAGAGUUCCCUUAAUUGCAGACUACCCAAACGGAUUCAUUAUGUGUUUUUCCAGUACCAUUUUUAUGUUACAACAUACAUAUAGUGCAAAUAUCAUCUUUCCUAAAUCAAACUCAGAAAUAUAAUUCAUUUAAAGUGUACUACAUGGACCCUCUACUUUGUAUUCGGGUUAGCCGGAGAAGGCAGAGAGAGAAGAAAAGAAGAAGGCAGGCAAGCAGAAAGGCAGGAAGGAUAGAAGGAAGGAAAGGGACUGACAAUUCCCAGAGUUUAAAUUCUUAACUGGGAAUGGAUAAACUGAGAAGUGAUUGAGCUCAGUUUUUGGGGGUCAAAAGGAGAGAAGCAAAGAGGAGUCAUUCUUUUUUCUUUCAGAAUAUUUCAGGAAGAUCCUUCCAAAAAAAUGCACUUCCAAAUUUCAUGUUUCUUUUGCUCAACAUCUCCAAAAUUUCUACCAGGUAUUUCUUAGUCCUAUUUUUUUUUCUUAUUUUAUUAUAAACCAUAAACUUUAUAAUCUGGUGCAUAAUUAUUUAUCUGAAAAUUUAAGAUAAUUUUAUGCUUCAAAUUUUAACCUGGAAAUCUUGCAUUUCCAGUUCUGCCCUAUAUACUCAUGUGACCUGUAGAAGUAUAUUUAGUUAUCUUGACCACAGUUUUCUUAUCUGUGAAAGGGGUACAUCAAACUAGAAGUUUUCUUUGAUUACUUUCUUCUCUAAAUUUCACUGAUUCACUAAAGAAAAGACUCAGCAAUCUUGGUUCCAGUACCUAGUCUGCACUAGUAUUUUUUUUAUCUCCUUACAUAACUUAAAAUACUGCUUAUAAAUGUUGAAAUGCAAAUCUUUCCAGCAUCCAAUCCCCAUGCCUUUUCCAUACUUUCUUUCUUGUUCUUACCAUUUGAACAUUAAUAUCCCUUUUGGAAAAUCAUGCUUUGCUGACAAGCUUCAGUAAUAUGGCUGACAUUAAAAAGGAAAAGAAUGUAUUCUGGUCUUAUUAAAAAUGACUAUUUAGGAAAUUAAUGGAAAUAUUUAACAAGUAUUAAUAGUCUCUUGAUGAUUCUGUUAUUAUUUAUCUCUAUCCAACUAAAAAGCAUUGGUCUUUUGAAGAGAAGGUAAUUUGAUCACAAACAGCAAUUGCUGAAUUUUUUAUAACGUAUGCCAUUCAAAAUUCCUACAUAUUCUACCAUCUGAAUUACUCAAUUGGACAGUGCCUCAUUUUAUGAAACUGGCAUUUGAUACAACAAAACUGAGCAAUUAUGUCAUUGCAAACACGGCAUCUCUAUUUGAGAGAGGAAUAGGCAGAGAGCUGGAGAGUGUUUAAUGCAUUUAAGCGCUUUAUAGCAGAUAGUGUCAAUAACAUAAUAUUAAAUUAUUAAAAUAGUUGAAGACAUUUAAUGGCCAAAUUCUCUCUACAGCCAUCAAGGCCAAACUCACAUUUGAGUUUCAUGUGAAUGACGUCACCUUAUGCUUCCGGUAGCUUUGGUCUAAUUAGAUUGCUCAUGUGACCAUAUUUAAAGAUACUUGGAGAAAUUAUUUUCUCUACAUCUUAGUGUAUAUUUAGUAAUGAAUAUUGGAAAAUAUCAUUAUCACAAAGUAAAACAAUAUUGUAUUUUUAUUCUUUUAAAACAAUCAUAAACUAAUGAAUGACCUCACUGAACACUGUUAUUCGUAUUGUUUUAUAUUACAGUUCAUUAGUUUAAAUGUCAAAGACCAAAGACUGGGAUUUCUAUUGUAUUUAACUUUACAACACUGCUGCUUCUACUAAUUUAUUCAAAUGAAUAGGAGGGCUUAUAAUUAUAAUUUGAGGUAGUAAACACCCUCCUUGCAGGAUUCUGAGCUGUAGACCAUUAAUUAAUGCUUUUGUUUUAGAAGGAAAACUUUGUUAGUGUAAUCCACUUACCUUUUCUACAUGCAUAAUAAAUUCCUUGAUAUUCAUAAAACCAAUAUAUAUAGACCGUAUCACAAAAUGAGUCCAGGAUUGAUUUAUCGAGUUGCAUUAAAACUUUCACGCUUGCUAAAAAUUCUUUGGAGAAUAUAAUUAAUUUGAAAUAUUUCCAGAACCAGGGGGCUAUUUUUUAAGCGUUGAUUGAAGUGGUUCCACUCUUUGAGAAAGUCGAUGAAAAACAUGAGAGGAAAUGAGGUAUAAUGAACUGUGAUUCUUUUUGUUUUUGCAGUCUUAAUAUCUCAUUUGUUUGAAUAUUUAUAAAUAAAAGCCAAACAGGGUUAAAGAUGUGCAAGGACAUUCACUUACAAUGGAAAUAUGUAAUUUCAAGUUUGAGUGUCUCGUUAUUUAUACAAUUCUUUAAACCAGGUCCACUACUCAUUUAUUUUGUUUUGUAAUUUUCAUGUAAAUGUUUUCUUGUAUAUACAGAUAUAUGAAAAAUGGAACUAUUUUCUUACACAUACUAUGCAAUAUGUUUGUAAAAUUGCAAUAUUACCAAAAUUACAAAAGCUGUGCUUUUGUACUCUAUCUUGCUUUAUGUAAAAUCAAUCUUUUUCUAUUUAAAUGGACUAUCUGUUCCAUAAACUGUAGAUAACAUAUCUAUUCAAAAACCAGUCUAUUGUAUCUUUUGUUUAGUUUGGGGCGGAUUGGGUUAUAUUUCUUUUGGGAGAAAAUGCAACAAAGUUUGGCAGUUGGAAACUUAUUUUUCUCAGAAAAUGAGAACUUUGAAGCAUGCAAUGAGCUCAUAUAAUUUAAGAUCUCUCCUGUAAUUCUUGUAUUUUGUCCUAAUUUUGGUGCUACUGUGUAAUCAUGAUUAAAUGUGAUAGUCAAAACAAA